AUGGCGUGCCCGCAGCCCCCGGCGGAGCAGGACCUGCUCGGGCUCCUCCUCGGCGGCGAGGAGCCCGGGGACGGCCUCCUGCUGGAGGACUGGGGCCUGCCCGGCGCCGAGCUGCUGAGCGAGGAGAUGGACGAGUUCAUCAGCCGCCUGCUGAGCCCCUUGGAGGAUGAGGCAGGGUUGCUGCAGGGCUGCUCGCCGGCUGACAGCGACAGCGGCAUUUCUGAGGACCAGAAUCUGUCCCGCAGCCCCGGCAGUGACGUGGCCGGCAGCCCUCAGAGCUCGGACGUGGUGCAGGUUGAUCACAACUAUUCCCUCCACCAAGGCUGGCCGGCGCUGGAAAGCGUGAGGGCGGACACGGCAGAAGGGGAUGUUUCCAUCGACCUUGAGACAUGGACGGACUUGGAAAGCAUGGCUGAGGCACUGGAACCGAGCUCCAGUUUCCCAGUUGCUGUUGAUGUGGAUGCUGGACCCCAGCUCGUGCCCGAAGCCGCUGUGCAGCCUGGCUUCCCAGAGCUGGUGCUGACCGAGGAGGAGAAGCAGCUCCUGGAGAAGGAAGGUGUUUCAUUACCGACCUGCCUGCCACUGACCAAAGCUGAGGAGCGGCUCCUGAAGAAAGUGCGCCGGAAGAUCCGGAACAAGCAGUCAGCCCAGGACAGCCGUCGCAGGAAGAAGAUCUAUGUGGAUGGCCUGGAGAACAGGGUGGCAGCCUGCACGGCUCAGAACCACGAGCUGCAGAAGAAGGUGCAGCUCCUGCAGAAGCAGAACAUGUCUCUGCUGGAGCAGCUGCGCAAACUGCAGGCCUUGGUGAGGCAGUCCACCACCAAAACCACCACAGCGAGCACCUGCGUCAUGGUCCUGGUUCUGUCCUUCUGCCUCAUCCUCUCACCCAGCCUCUACUCAUUCGGAACCAGAGGGCCGCAGCCAGAGCUCAGAGUGCUGUCGCGGCAGAUUCGCGAGUUCCCGAACCAGGCUUGGCAGGCAGCACGAGGCAGGCAGGAGGAAGCUGCGCUGGAGAGGCUCAGCCCCGAGCCUGAGGACACCUCGCUGCUGGGCAGCCUUAAUCAGUCACGGGGAGAGGGGCAGAGUCCACCCAAGCCCGAUCUGAGAUCCGCCUUCAACAGCAACUCAUCCUCUGACCCUCCUGCCGCAGCAGGCUCCGAGCUGGGCCCUCCCCAGCCACAGGAGCAGCGCUCCCGGGGCGACCCCUUGCACUCAGAGGUGCUGGCACCAUGGAAAGCCAAGAGCCAGGAGUGGGUGGAGCGCACCGCCAGCGUCGUCAUCCAGCAGCACCACGCCGACGAGAUGUGACCCUCACCUCCUGCUUGCUGCCUGCCGGGGUGAGGCCGGGCGCCCCGUCGGGGAGGGACAAGCAGAGCCGUGUUAGCCAAGAACCCAUCAGAGCAAACGCUUUUUAAUCAUCUCCUGAUCGCUGGCAGCUCAGAGCGUUUCCCAGAGGGGAAUCGCUGUGCAGAUGAUCUAUUCCUACGCCCUGCUUUGUGUGUCUGUAACGGGAGCCUGCCCGAGAUGGGGUGGGAAGCUCUGGGAAGCUCUGGGAGCUUUGUUCCACUGGGGUGCAGAGGGUGAAGGUGAAGGCUCAGUCCUGCAAUUUGUGCCACGUCUGGUGGCCACGAGCACUUCUUCUUGUCCCUCCCCAGUGAUCCCGCAGUGCUGUCAGGUGUUUGGGCAUGAGAUGGCAAGCAGGAUGCUGACCUUCGGUGCCCUGCAGGGAGUGAUCCUGCCCUUGCAACAGCCCCGGCGCCUCCCGUGUUCCUGCUGGCUGCUGAGCCACGCUGAGCUCGCUGCUGGCCGGGCUGGAGAAGGUGGCAGGGAGUCUUUCCCAAGCUGCGUGAGCCAGUUCCCCUCGCAGGGGCCGAGCCUUUCCUCUACCCACACCGCUGAGCUGAGCUUUUGCCCCUCGGGCAGAAGGGAUGAGGCUACCGUGGGGGAGCAGAGCUGAGAGCUGCGCAGCAUCUUGCUCCUCUGAGGGGUUUCCUGUCUGCUGGCUGGGUCCGGAGCGGUGCUGAGCACCCCAGCUUUGCAGGCAGCCGGGGCUUGGUGCCCUCCCUGCCGUGCAGUGCAGCCCGGUACCUGCUGAGCGCCUCCUUCCCCUGCUUCGGAUCUAAGCCCGUGAGGACGUUUCCUCGUUAAUGAAGUGUAAAUAAGUAUUAAUGAAGUGUAAAUAAAACCCGCUCUCUGUGCA